GCAUCUGCAGGGCUGUCAUGCAGAAGAGGGAGCAGACAGAGGGUUCCAGGGGCUCUGAGACACCGGUUGGAAGAUUCUGGGAGGCAGGUUUCCUGCAGCCUCAUAGAGACUUUUCUCCAGGCCUCUAGAUGCAGGCUCUGCAUUGGUGUGUGUGGCGUGUGAGUGGGUGCUGUGGUGUGUGUCUGUGUGUCUGUGAUAAUGAGCGUGUGAGGUGUGUGAGUGCAUAUCUAUGUGAGUAAACGUGUGUGUGUGUGAGUGUGUGUCAUUGUGAGUGUGUGUCAUUGUGUGUGUCUGUGUGUGAGUUUGAUCGUGUCUGUCUGUGAGUGUGAUAGUAAGAUGGAUGUCUGUGACUGGGUGUCGUGUGAGUGUGUAAUUGUAUGUAUGUCUCUGUGUGUGCUUGUGUGUGUGAAGGUGUGUGUGAGUGUGACUGUGUGAUCUUUGUGCUGGUGAUGAUUAGGCCACUUCAGGGGUCCCAGUCUUUUCAGAGAUUCCCUGUGUAAAGAUCUGGAGCCCACAGGGUCUAAAACCAGACUCUGUGUUUCUGGGAUGCCUACGUUCCAGGGUUCUGGAAUUCUGUGGCUGACAGGCGCUCACAAGCGUGAGGGACCAUCACGGGCUCAUUGUAUGCUGGCCUAGUGGCUGGUGGCGUGGUCAGGUGCUGAUGUGUUACCCCAGUUCAUCCUCCCAGCGAGCCUGCCACGGGACAGCCGCCACCCUCAUUUUAUAGACAGGGUAUCCGAGGUCCCUGCCAGGCUGAGCCAUGUGCCAAGGUGGGCUGGUGUCAGAGCCGGGACUCUGACACAGGUCUCGGCUUCCAGUGCCUGUGCUCUGAAACAUACACUAUAGAGUGUCAGGUGACCGUAAUUAAUAUCUUGGGCCGCUAAGGUCCUGGGUGAUUCUAAGAUAUUCUGAUUCUGAGAUUCCUGGAUUCUAGAAUUCCCGGAUUGAAUGUGUAGCUUGUUCUUCGAGCUGUGACAUUAGCUGAUGUGUGGUUGUUGACAAAGGGAUAAACAAGUUGCUUAUUGCCUGUGUGCACCUGUGAACACACACACACGCACACGGCCUGGGGUGACCAGGCCAGGCCUCAGCAGACACAAGCCUUCCCCAUACCACGCUCUAAAGGCUCUGGAAAGCUCUGGGAGGCAGAUUUCCCCAUAGACUUGGGAAGACUUGGAGGGGCUUUGCCCACACUGGGGGUCUUGGCUGGACCAGCAGCUAUAUUUGCACUGCAUGGUGACUUAAGUGGGAGGGAAGGACUGGUUUCAGGGCACCUUUCCUUGUCCCACAGUGGUGCCUGUGAUGGUUCAGCGCUUGGGCUCAGGGGCUGCAGACCUGGACUGGGACCCUGACCCUGCCCUAUACUAGUUGCAUGGUCUCGGGCACUGCCGGACUUCCCUGGUCCCCAGUCUCCUCCAUGAAGUAGGAAUAAGCAUGGUCUGUACGUCAUGGGACUGUGUUGGGAAUCGACAUAAACAAUGCAUAGAAAGCCCUCUGCCCAUUGCCUGGUACAGGGUCAGACUCAGUCAGAGCCUCUGUGACGCUGUGAUGAUGGUGGCGGUGGUGGUGAUGGUGGAGAUGAUGGUGACGGUGGUGAUGGCGGUUCUGGUGACGGUGACGGUGGUGAUAGCAAAGAGAGGACUGGGUGGCAGCCCCUGGGGAUGGCACAGCUGGCCCCAUACACGCUUGGACAGCCACCUUCGUGGGUCCUAGAGAGCCUUUCCAUCGAGGUUACGUCACCUCUUCACAGGGGCCUGCAGAGGGAGGCAGGAGAGGAAGGCUGAGGCUCCAGGAGGCCAGUGGGGUCAGGAGUGGGGGCGGGUGUUCUAGACACAGUGGGGUCCUGUCCCUGCUCGUGGAGGCCAGUCGAGUUACGACACCACUGCCUGCAGGGACCCCUGGGACCAUCUAGAGGGAGGAGGCUCUGGCUGUGGAAGCAGCUGAGACUCUGGGCCCAGAUGGGCCUGAGUUGGAAUCCACCAAUGCUGCCACCUAAGGCACGUCCUCUGCUCUCUCUGAGUCUCCAUCUGCAGACAGGUUGGAGCCCAGGGGGCACCAGCUGCCAAAGGCCCAAGAGCCUUCCGCUGUAGGCACAUGGGCACUGGGGCCAGGAGCUGGGCUGCAGGCGUGGAGCAGAGGGAACUGGGACUGGGGAGUAGGCCCGAAGGCUGUCGCCUGGGCUGCUGCGAGGGAGCAGGUCAGCGGUAGAGGCUGGCUGGGCCCUGGGGAGUGGGUUGGAGGCUCCCCGCAGCGUGUGGGGAGAGGUGUGAGGGCAAAGGACAACACAGUGUGACAGCUUUAAACGGGGCCGAGCGAGGCAAAGAGCAAGAUAGUACAACGUGGAUGGAGCUUAGAGGGAGGAGAGGAAGCGGCUCUGUGUGGUCCCAGAGGCCACGGCAGCUCUUUCCACCUCUGUGGUUGCAGGAAGGACUUCGACAGAGCUAGGUGCGGUGGCACGGGGGCCCAGGCGAGGCCAGGCUCUUCUGCCUGUAAAACAUACCUCAAAUCCACCGCCUUCCUUUCACCUCCACCAGCAUCCCAGGUCGGCCCAGCCCAUCUCUCCGGUCUCCUUCCGACCGUCCUUGCUCCAGCCCUGCCCCUCCACCCUGUCUCCCUUCAGCCCACAGAGGGACGGCUUAAAAACAGAGACCAGAGCAAAGCACUCCCUGAGUAAAAACCCUUCUGUGGCUUCCUGUUGCGCUUGGACUAAAACCCGAGCUCCUUCCGUGGGCUCACAGUGGGCCCCGCCGAACUCUUCAGUUUCAUCCCCCCGCUUGCCCCUUGCUCAGCCACACUGGUCUCGUUUCCGUUCCUUAAAUGCACUGAACGUUCCAGCCUCCCAGCCGUUCCUGGUACCUGGAGGGCUCUUGCCCGAGACCACCCAUGGCCGGGCUCCCUGCUCAGUGCCGACAUGGCCGAGAGCUCCCCACUGCCCUCCUCCCCUGCCGCAGCCCCGGCGGCUGAGCCAGGAGUCACGGAGCAGCCCGGGCCCCAGAGCCCCCCUCCCUCCCCUCCAGGCCCGGAGGAGCCCCUGGACGGAGUCGAUGCAGACGUCCCUCGCCCAGAUCUGGCGCCCGUUGCCUUCUUCUGCCUGCGACAGACCACCAGCCCCCGGAACUGGUGCAUCAAGCUGGUGUGCAACCCGUGGUUUGAAUGUAUCAGCAUGCUGGUGAUCCUGCUGAACUGCGUGACACUUGGCAUGUACCAGCCGUGCGACGACAUGGACUGCCUGUCAGAACGCUGCAAGAUCCUACAGGUCUUUGAUGACUUCAUCUUUGUCUUCUUUGCCAUGGAAAUGGUGCUCAAGAUGGUGGCCCUGGGCAUUUUUGGCAAGAAGUGCUACCUUGGGGACACAUGGAACCGACUGGAUUUCUUCAUUGUCAUGGCAGGGAUGGUCGAGUACUCCCUGGACCUCCAGAACAUCAACCUGUCGGCCAUCCGCACCGUGCGUGUCCUGAGGCCCCUCAAAGCCAUCAACCGUGUGCCCAGUAUGCGGAUCCUGGUGAACCUGCUCCUGGACACGCUGCCCAUGCUGGGGAAUGUCCUCCUGCUCUGCUUCUUUGUCUUCUUCAUCUUUGGCAUCAUCGGCGUGCAGCUCUGGGCGGGCCUGCUGCGCAACCGCUGCUUCCUGGAGGAGAACUUCACAAUACAAGGGGAUGUGGCCCUGCCCCCCUACUACCAGCCGGAGGAGGACGACGAGAUGCCCUUCAUCUGCUCCCUGUCGGGGGACAACGGCAUCAUGGGCUGCCACGAGAUUCCCCCGCUCAAGGAGCAAGGCCGCGAGUGCUGCCUGUCCAAGGAUGACGUCUAUGACUUUGGGGCGGGGCGCCAGGACCUCAACGCCAGUGGGCUCUGUGUCAACUGGAACCGCUACUACAAUGUGUGCCGCACAGGCAGCGCCAACCCCCACAAGGGCGCCAUCAACUUUGACAACAUCGGCUACGCCUGGAUCGUCAUCUUCCAGGUGAUUACCCUGGAGGGCUGGGUGGAGAUCAUGUACUACGUGAUGGACGCGCACUCCUUCUACAACUUCAUCUAUUUUAUCCUGCUGAUCAUAGUGGGCUCCUUCUUCAUGAUCAACCUGUGCCUCGUUGUCAUAGCGACCCAGUUCUCGGAGACCAAGCAGCGGGAACACCGGCUGAUGUUGGAGCAGCGGCAGCGUGACCUGUCCUCCAGCACGGUGGCCAGCUAUGCCGAGCCCGGCGACUGCUACGAGGAGAUCUUCCAGUACGUCUGCCACAUCCUGCGCAAGGCCAAGCGCCGGGCCCUGGGCCUCUACCAGGCCCUGCAGAGGCGGCGCCAGGCCCCGGGGGCACCCGGCUCCACCAAGCCCAAGCCCCACGUCAAGGACCCCAGGCACUACAAGCUGUGCCCCCGACACAGCCCCCCGGACUCAACGCUCCACACGCCGGUGCAGCCCGUCUCUGCCAUUCUGGCCUCCGACCCCGCCAGCUGCCCCCGCUGCCAGCACGAGGCGGGCCGGCCGCCCUCAGGCCUGGGCAGCAGCAACUUGGGCCAGGAGGGCUCAGGCUCCGGGGGCUCAGGCUCCGGGGGCUCGGGCGGCGGCGAGGACGAGGCCGGCGGGCCCGGGGCCCGGAACGGUGAGGACGGGGCCUCCUUGGAGCUGGAGAAGGAGGACGAGGAGGGGCAGGAGGAUGGGGCUGCCUGGCUGUGCGGAGACGUGUGGCGGGAGACACGAGCCAAGCUGCGGGGCAUCGUGGAGAGCAAGUACUUCAACCGGGGCAUCAUGAUGGCCAUCCUGGUCAACACCGUCAGCAUGGGCAUUGAGCACCACCAGCAGCCCGAGGAGCUGACCAACAUCCUGGAGAUCUGCAACGUGGUCUUCACCAGCAUGUUUGCCCUGGAGAUGCUGCUGAAGCUGGCCGCCUUCGGGCUCUUUGACUACCUGCGGAACCCCUACAACAUCUUCGACAGCAUCAUUGUCAUCAUCAGCAUCUGGGAGAUUGUGGGCCAGGCGGACGGCGGGCUGUCGGUGCUGCGGACCUUCCGGCUGCUGCGGGUGCUGAAGCUGGUGCGCUUCAUGCCUGCGCUGCGGCGGCAGCUCGUGGUGCUCAUGAAGACCAUGGACAAUGUGGCCACCUUCUGCAUGCUGCUCAUGCUUUUCAUCUUCAUCUUCAGCAUCCUUGGCAUGCACAUCUUUGGCUGCAAGUUCAGCCUCCGCACGGACACGGGAGACACCGUCCCUGACCGGAAGAACUUCGACUCCCUGCUGUGGGCCAUUGUCACGGUGUUCCAGAUCCUUACCCAGGAGGACUGGAACGUCGUCCUCUACAAUGGCAUGGCCUCCACCUCCCCCUGGGCCUCCCUCUACUUCGUUGCCCUCAUGACCUUCGGCAACUAUGUGCUCUUCAACCUGCUGGUGGCCAUCCUGGUGGAGGGCUUCCAGGCGGAGGGCGACGCCAAUCGCUCCUACUCGGACGAGGACCAGAGCUCAUCCAACAUGGAGGAGUUUGACAAGCUCCAGGAGGGCCUGGACAGUGGCGGAGAUCCCAAGCUCUGCCCAAUCCCCAUGACCCCCAAUGGGCACCUGGACCCCAAUCUCCCACUGGGUGGACAUCUGGGCCCCACUGGGGCUGCAGCAUCCGCCCCCCGCCUCUCGCUGCAGCCAGACCCCGUGCUAAUGGCCUUGGGCUCCCGCAAGAGCAGUGUCAUGUCACUGGGGAGGGUGAGCUACGACCAGCGCUCCCUGUCCAGCUCUCGGAGCUCCUAUCACGGGCCGUGGGGCCGCAGUGGGGCCUGGGCCAGCCGUCGCUCCAGCUGGAACAGCCUCAAGCACAAGCCCCCAUCGGCGGAGCACGAGUCCCUGCUCUCAGCGGCAGAGCGCAGCGGCGGCGCCCGGGCCUGCGAAGGUGCCCGGGAGGAGGGGCCGCUGCGGGCCGCGCCCCCGCACGCCCUGCACGCCCCGCACACCCCGCACGCCCACCAAGCGCAGCAUGGUCCCCACCUGGCGCACCGUCACUGCCACCACCGCCGGACGCUGUCCCUCGACACCAGAGAUUCGGUGGACCUGGCCGAGCUGGUGCCCGCCGUGGGCACCCACCCACGGACUGCCUGGAGGGCGGCAGGCCCGGUCCCCGGGCACGAGGACUGCAAUGGCAGGAUGCCCAGCAUCGCCAAGGACGUCUUCACCAAGAUGGACGACCGCCGGGAUCCCGGGGAGGACGAAGAGGAGAUGGACUACACUCUGUGCUUCCGCGUCCGCAAGAUGAUUGACGUCUACAAGCCUGACUGGUGCGAAGUCCGCGAGGACUGGUCUGUCUACCUCUUCUCCCCCGAGAACAGGUUCCGCGUCCUGUGUCAGACCAUCAUCGCCCACAAGCUCUUCGACUAUGUCGUCCUGGCCUUCAUCUUCCUCAACUGCAUCACCAUCGCCCUGGAGCGGCCCCAGAUUGAGGCCGGCAGCACCGAACGCAUCUUCCUCACUGUGUCCAACUACAUCUUCACAGCCAUCUUUGUGGGCGAGAUGACACUGAAGGUGGUCUCGCUGGGCCUGUACUUCGGUGAGCAGGCGUACCUGCGCAGCAGCUGGAAUGUGCUGGAUGGCUUCCUUGUCUUCGUGUCAAUCAUCGACAUUGUGGUGUCCCUGGCCUCGGCCGGGGGAGCCAAGAUCCUGGGGGUCCUCCGGGUCCUGAGGCUGCUGCGCACCCUGCGACCCCUGCGUGUCAUCAGCCGGGCGCCUGGCCUGAAGCUGGUGGUGGAGACGCUCAUCUCUUCCCUCAAGCCCAUCGGCAACAUCGUCCUCAUCUGCUGUGCCUUCUUCAUCAUCUUCGGCAUCCUGGGGGUGCAGCUCUUCAAGGGCAAGUUCUACCACUGUCUGGGCAUAGACACCCGCAACAUCACCAACCGCUCCGACUGCGUGGCCGCCAACUACCGCUGGGUCCACCACAAGUACAACUUCGACAAUCUGGGCCAGGCCCUGAUGUCCCUCUUUGUGCUGGCCUCCAAGGACGGCUGGGUGAACAUCAUGUACAAUGGACUGGACGCUGUUGCUGUGGACCAGCAGCCGGUGCCCAACCACAACCCCUGGAUGCUGCUCUACUUCAUCUCCUUCCUGCUCAUCGUCAGCUUCUUCGUGCUCAACAUGUUCGUGGGCGUCGUGGUGGAGAACUUCCACAAGUGCCGGCAGCACCAGGAGGCCGAGGAGGCGCGGCGGCGCGAGGAGAAGCGGCUGCGGCGCCUGGAGAAGAAACGCCGGAAGGCCCAGCGGCUGCCCUACUAUGCCACCUACUGUCCCACACGGCUGCUCAUCCACUCCAUGUGCACCAGCCACUACCUGGACAUCUUCAUCACCUGCAUCAUCUGCCUCAACGUGGUCACCAUGUCCCUGGAGCACUACAACCAGCCCACGUCUCUGGAGACAGCCCUCAAGUACUGCAACUACAUGUUCACCACUGUCUUUGUGCUGGAGGCUGUGCUGAAGCUGGUGGCAUUUGGUCUGAGGCGCUUCUUCAAGGACCGGUGGAACCAGCUGGACCUGGCCAUCGUGCUGCUGUCGGUGAUGGGCAUCACGCUGGAGGAGAUCGAGAUCAACGCGGCGCUGCCCAUCAACCCCACCAUCAUCCGUAUCAUGCGGGUCCUGCGCAUCGCCCGGGUGCUGAAGCUGCUGAAGAUGGCCACGGGGAUGCGGGCCCUGCUGGACACCGUGGUGCAAGCUCUGCCCCAGGUGGGCAACCUGGGCCUCCUCUUCAUGCUGCUCUUCUUCAUCUAUGCUGCCCUGGGAGUGGAGCUCUUCGGGAAGCUGGUCUGCAAUGACGAGAACCCGUGUGAGGGCAUGAGCCGGCACGCCACCUUCGAGAACUUCGGCAUGGCCUUCCUCACGCUCUUCCAGGUCUCCACUGGCGACAACUGGAACGGGAUCAUGAAGGACACCCUGCGGGACUGCACCCAUGAUGAGCGCAGCUGCCUGAGCAGCCUGCAGUUCGUGUCGCCGCUGUACUUCGUCAGCUUUGUGCUCACGGCCCAGUUCGUGCUCAUCAACGUGGUGGUGGCCGUGCUCAUGAAGCACCUGGACGACAGCAACAAGGAGGCCCAGGAGGACGCUGAGAUGGACGCUGAGCUGGAGCUGGAGAUUGCCCACGGCCUGGGCCCCGGCCCGCGGCCACCUGCCGGCUCCCCGGGGGCACACGUGCCUGGCCGCGGGCCAGGAGGGGCGGGUAGCGCGGGCGACGCCGAGGGCCACCUGAUCCGAAACUGCUAUUCGCCAGCCCAGGAGAACCUGUGGCUGGACAGCGUCUCUUUAAUCAUCAAGGACUCCUUGGAGGGGGAGCUGACCAUCAUCGACAACCUGUCCGGCUCCAUCUUCCACCACUACUCCUCCCCGGCCAGCUGCGAGAAGUGUCACCAUGACAAGCAGGAGGGUCCUCCGGGCUUGCAAACACCUCUGCGCGUGCGGGUAGCCUGCACAGGGCCACGGGUGCAGCUGGCCGAGACAGAGGCCUUCUCCCUGAACUCAGACAGGUCCUCGUCCAUCCUGCUUGGCGAUGACCUGAGUCUGGAGGACCCCGCAGCCUGCCCACCUGGCCCCAGAGACAGCAAGGGUGAGCCGGACCCGCCUGAGCCGAUGCGGGUAGGGGACCUGGGUGAAUGCUUCUUCCCCUUAUCCAACACGGCUGUCUCGUCGGAUCCGGAGAACUUCCUGUGUGAGAUGGAGUCGAUCCCAUUCAACCCCGUCCGGUCCUGGCUGAAACACGAGAGCAACCAAGCAGCGCCCCCGAGCCCCUUCUCCCCGGAUGCCUCCAACCCACUCCUGCCCAUGCCGGCCGAGUUCUUCCACCCUGCUGUGGCCGCCAGCCAGAAAGGACAGGAGAAGGCCGCUGGUGCCGGGACCCUCCCCAAGAUUGCCCUGCAGGGCUCCUGGGCCUCCCUGCGGUUGCCAAGCGUCAACUGCACCCUCCGCCAGCAGGCCACGGGGAGCAACACGUCGCUGGAGGGCAGCCGCAGCAGCUCGGCGGGCAGCCUGCAGACCACGCUGGAGGACAGCCUGACCCUGAGCGACAGCCCGCGACGCGCCCUGGGGCCGCCCGCGCCCGCCCCGGGGCUCCGCGCCGGCCCGUCGCCAGCCGCCCGCCGUCGCCCGAGCCUGCGGGGCCGGGGCCAGUUCAGCCUGAGCGGGCUGCGGGCGCAUCAGCGCAGCCACAGCAGCGGGGGCUCCACCAGCCCGGGCUGCACCCAGCACGACUCCAUGGACCCGUCGGACGAGGAGGGCGCGGGCGGCCGGGCCGGCGGGGGCGCGGGCAGCGAGCACUCGGAGACGCUCAGCAGCCUUUCGCUCACCUCCCUCUUCGGGCCGCCGCCCCCGCCGCCCGGCCUCCCGCCCGCGCGCAGGUUCAGCAGUACCAGCAGCCUGGCCGCCGGCCCCGGCCAUCCCCGCGCCGCCGCCCGGCCCCAAGGCCUGGCCCGCAGCCCCUCCUGGGCCGCCGAUCGCCGCAAGGACCCGCCGUGCCAGGCCGAUCCGGCCGCCGCCCGGGGCCCCUGGGCGCCCGAGCCGCAGCCGCCGCCGGGGGAGCCACAGCCCGGGGACGCCGCGAGCCAGGGGAGGAGAUGAGGGCCGCCGCCCGCCCGCCCCGUCUCACCUUCUUUACCUCAGGAGCCAGGGGCAGACAGCAAUACUUCGUCCGCGACCUGGCCGCCGCGCCGAGCCGCCGGGGCUGGGGGAGGAGCAGGGUCCGGGCUGCCGAGGCUCAGAUGGGCUCAGCGUGGUCCUGCCCGUGCAUAUACGUGUAUACAUAUGCAUAUACAUAGAGACAGACAUAUAUAUUUAUUUAUUUUUUCUACUGAGAGCUUAUGACUUCCAGAAAGUGCUGAAGGUGGGGAGUGCGGGUCCGGCCCAGACGGGGCUUUCGCCUGAUGUUUGGGGCCCAGGCCAGACCCGCUCCAGGGCAGAAGGUCCUGCCGGGGCGUUGGCAGCCGUGAUUUCUGGCGUCUCCCCUGGGCCGAGAGUAGCUUGGAGAGGGCUCUCAGGCCCCCGAGGGCCCCGUGGCCAGGGAGACAGGCCCAGAAGAAGAGGUGGGAUUCAGGGUGCAUUUUUUUCCUUUAAAGAAGAAACGCUGCUAGGAUCCCGCCCGUCCACGUGUUGGGGUGUCUGUCUUGUUCCCGGGCGUCUAGUUGUUGUGACAGUCUCUUGUAGAUGCCCCAGAACACACAAACUCUCUUAGUCAACCAGUUAGGUGUCUUUCUUUAGAAAAACCAGGGGCGAAUAGUCGUAUUUUUUUAGGGCAGGGGUGGGGGGAAGGGCGUCUCCAAGGCUGGGCAGGGGCCUCUGCCUCAGGUGAGGUCCUUGGCCCGGGUGGCUUUGCCCCAAGGAGGCUGAGGGCAGCGAGGCUGCAGGAGGGAGAGGAAAGGUGGAGGCAUUAAGCAGAUGAGAUGCUUGAAGGUCAAGGGAACCCGCCUGGUCUGUGCUGGUCGGGCUGCCCCUGGGGCUCCUGGGCUCGGGCAGUCAGUGGCUGGUUACUUAUUGCCUUUUAUCCCCCAGGUGGUCCCUGAGCCACGGCCAUUCCAGGAGGUUGUACCGCCCCCUCCCCUCACAACCCCCUGUCCCCUGAGCUGCUCUGCCGCCCCUCUCCCCACCCUCCAUGGAGUUCAGGGUGAAGCAGAUCUGACAGGAUUCUGAGCAGGGGUGACGCCCAGCCUGACACCUGGAGACCACAUUCCCCCCCCCUCCCGCUGCUUGUCUCUGGGUCUCUGUCUCAUACCCAUCACCCCCACUUUCCCAAAGCUGCAGUGCUUCCCAAAUGGGUCACGGACGGGUAUUUUUUUAUUUGACUAGUUAUGCAUUUAUUUUAGUAUUUAUUAGAAAAAAAACAGUACACUGACCCCAUGAUUUCACAGACAUAUUGCUGAGGUCAAGGCUAGUUUCUGAGCAGUGAAUGGACUUGAAGUCAGUCUGAAGAAGGUUGGGAAGUGGUGGUGGAAUGGUCUGCGGACACGCAGGGGUCAUGGGGUGGGAAAGGCUGCAAGUUGGGACCCACUGUGCUUCAGGAAUAACCAGGCCCUUUGCCUGUGUGAGAUCGUCUCAGUGGCUUCAGCUGGGCCCCGCUGAGGAGCCCUUGACCUUGUUCCCAAACCCUGACCUUAAAGAGUCUGGCUUUGGGCUGGGCUGCAAGCUGUGGGGAGGGUCUGCUUGACGGGCUCUGGGUGUCUUCUGGGCAGCGUAGGGCCCCCUGGGGCCUGGGCAUCGUGCACAGGGAGAGGGCAAUGUGGCCUGCAAAGCCUUUCCCCCAGAGCUGCUGGGGGGAAGGGUUGCCAGGCCCACUUUACACCUGAGGAAACCAAGGCCCAGGGAGGUGAAGGGGCCACCCCAGGAUCCCCUGGGGCCUCGGGCACCUGAGCCUGGAACGUGCAACAGUGACCCUGAGUUUCAGAGCAGGUGGAUCAGAAGCCAUAGGCUGGCCGCGGCCUCUUGCAGGGGGGCGCGGUGAGACCUGGCUUUGCCCCUGAGCUUCUGGAGCCCCCCCUCCUCGCCCAGAAGGGCGGUGGUGGGCAGUCCUCUUCGAGGGGUCGCUAUGAGGACACACAAAGCGAUGCCCAGACGCUGUGCUCCCUCCCAGGACGGGAGCCUCCAGGGUGGGAGGCUGGCUGGGCCUGGGGUCGCGUCCCCUCCCGCCCCCAGUGGCCUGUUGGCUGGUGAGGGAGGCCGGGCCCAAGUCCCAAGCCGCCUGCCUGCCCCAGAGAGCCUUGCGCUGGCUGCCUUUGCCACGCCCAUGGCUUCAUCACGGGGUGGGGCGCUCGCUCGUCUGGGGAAGAGGAGGGCUCGGGCAGCCUGCCUGGCUCUGCCUCGCCCUCCCUCCCAGCGCCAUGCUGGCGCCAGCCAUCGAGGCGGAGGAGAGGCCACGCACACCGUGGCUGCGCAUGGCAGCGUGUUCCUGGAGGGACGUGUGUGCUGGGGGCCGGAAGGUGGCCAGUGGGACCUGAGAGGACCGUGUGGAGGGUGGGUUGGCGUCCAAGGGGAUGGCAUGUGACACUGGUCAGCGGCUUCCAUCUUCUGGGCUCAGGUGUCAUCCUGUUUACUCUGCACGGUGGCCCUGAGCCGUGUGCACUGCUGCUCCAUGCACAGACCAGGGAAGUGACUUUCGUGGUGACUUUCUUGGUGUCACCGGGUUAUAAGUGGCUGGGCAGGGAACACAUCCCGGGCGAGUCUGACACAGAGCCAUCCUUUUACCCUGAACUGAGUGACCCCAGAACCAGCAGACACGUGGGAAGAGUGACCCAGGCAUCGCCUGAGCGAUGGUAUGAGGGCUGGACAGAGCAGGGUGUGUCUGGAGGUGGGCAUAGCUGUACUCGAAGCAUAGAAGUUUUGCCUGAGCGAGUUGUGGGAGAUGGGGCUGGCUCCUGGAGGGUCCCAAAUGCUGACCCCAGGCACUUGGCCUUUUUCCUGGGAGCUACAGGCGAUGGGGGACCAGGGAAGCUGUGAUUGGCCAGGAAAAACCCAAAUGGCUAAGGGUUGGGUGAAUAGCCCCUCGGCCCUCCCUGAUCCUGUGGCCUGUCCAUCACAAAAGCACAAACCUACCCUAACCCACAUGGCCUGGCCCUGCGGAGAGUGAGGACCCUGGUGCUGGACACCCCAAGCUGUCUGUUUGCAGGCUUCUGCAGUGUGGUGGCUGGUGGGCCCCUCAACACCUGUACAAAGGGACCCAAGACCAGAUGGGGCAUAGUCUACCCAGCCAAACCCUUUUCCUGUCCCCUGCCGGGCCUCCUCCUGCACCAGGCAGCCCCCUAAAAGUGGACGAAGUGUGCACAGUACCAGCCUGUCUGCCUGUCUUCCCCCCAAAUCUUCCCACUGGAGCUUUCUGUUUCCAGGGCCACCUCUGGCCCCCUUUGCUGCGCUGUGUAAGGGCUUGGGUUCUUAGAAGCCGCUGUUUAGCCCAGGUACACAUACUCUUUUUGUCUCUGCGCAAUAAUCAGUGUUCCUGGCAGAGUCCGGGCCAUGCUGGGGUUUAGGGAGGAGACAGAGGCCACCUCCUCCUGGAAGCCCUCGACCCAGCCCUGCUGCUGUGACUAUCGCACUCCCAGUCGCUGUACAGUUUCUAUGGUGUGAAUAAACUUCCCUCCUAGUUGCUGAUGGCGCUGGUACCUGCUGGCCCAGAUGGCCUGGGAUAGAGAAACCAAGCGGCAGCCGCCACCAGUGCUGUUUUGAAUAAAACCCAGAAGCUUAUUUCAG